AUGCCAUAUUCCACCUUCCAUCUAAACCUUUCCGUCACACCUCCUUACAACGCCGACUUCGAUGGAGACGAGAUGAACAUGCAUGUGCCUCAGAGCGAAGAGACGUGGGCAGAGCUCAGUCAAAUGGCAUGGGUUCCACGCCAGAUCGUUUCUCCUCAAGCCAAUAAGCCAGUCAUGGGUAUUGUCCAAGACACGCUUUGCGGCAUUUGCAAGUUCCUGAUUGGGACGGACAAGUACCAACUCCUGCAAUCCUCAAGCCCAAACCUCCCUGGUCCGGCAAGCAGAUUCUUAGUAUGGUCAUUCCUCACGGCAUCACCAUCCUGCGGCGCUGAAGACAAGAGCAACAACCCCGUGUUCGACGAUGGCAUGUUGAUUGAAAACGGCGAGAUCAUAUUCGGAACCGUGGAGAAACAGACUUCCGGUACCUCGCAGGGUGGUUUCGUGCACGUAGUAUUCCGAGAGAAAGGGCCAGAGGCAACUCGGCAGCUGUCCACUGUAUCGGUAUUGGCGACACUAUUGCCAAAGAUCGUAGAGUGCAAAACCAACGUCAUGAACAUUAUCGAGCAUGCUACACACGACAGGCUAAAAGCUGCUCUUGGUAUGACGAUCCGAGAGUCCUUCGAAAGUCUGGUCGAGCGACAACUCAAUCUGGCUCCUGACGACUCGGGUCAAUUUGCGCAGAAGGACUGGAAGGAAGAACGAUGUCAAGCAGAUGGUGGUGGCAGUUCCAAGGGUUCCUUCAUCAACAUUUUGCAGACGUCACACCGAACCUUGCCACAUUUCACCAAGGACGAUUUUAGUCCCGAGGCUCGCGGUUUCGUGGAAAACUCAUAUCUGCGUGGCUUAACGCCCCAGGAGUUCUUCUUCCAUGCUAUGGCUGGUCGUGAAGGUUUGAUUGAUACAGCCGUCAAGACAGCAGAGAUGGGUUACAUCCAACGGCGAUUGGUGAAGGCACUGGAGGACGCGAUGGUUUCCUACGAUGGCACGGUCCAAAACUCCCUUGGCGACUUGAUCCAAUUCAUCUACGGUGAGGAUGGUAUGGAUGGUGCUUUCAUUGAAAAGCAGGACAUCGCGACCUUCGCUAUGAACGACGAACAAUUUCGUCACGACUACCGAGUGGAUGUGACAGACGAGAAGGGCGGUUUCAUGCCUGGUGUUCUCCAACUCGGCCUGGAUGACAGCUCGUUGGAACUACUAGUACAGGCCAAACUGGACGAGGAAUACACACAACUCUCUGACGACCGCAACCUGCUGCGAACCUUCAUCUUCCCUCGUGCCGGCAACACGACCAACUUCUAUCUUCCUGUCAACAUGCAGCGCAUUAUCCAAAAUGCCACCCAAAUUUUCCGUAUCGAUCGCCGCCAACCCAGUGACCUUGAGCCAGCAUACAUACUUGAUGCAGUCAGGGAAUUGGGCGAACGACUUGUGGUCGUUCGUGGAAAUGAUCCGAUAAGCACAAUUGCUAAUGGAGAUGCUUGGGAGAUGCUGUCUUGCGAUUCCAAAUGCACCUUCGGUCAACCUUUGCAACACGUCAUGUCCUCGAACGGUUCCAUUUCACUCGAGAAGCGUUCGAUUGGAUGUUGGGUGAAGUAG